AAAAUCCAACAUUUUAUGCAUCCUUGCGUGCACCAAUUGUAUCAGGAUUCGGUUAUAAUAAUGAAAUAAACCAUCAAAAUAUGAACCCGCUUAAUGUAGAUGAGCAGAAUACUGAAGUAAUCAUUGAAAGCUCCCAAAACAG